AUGCAACAAAGACUGUAUCGACGUUCGAUUGACGUUUACAGCGACUUGCUCAAUCUUGCAAAACGAGCUUUACCCUUAACGGACGACUCCCUUCUUUCAAUCGUUGAGAAGAUCUCACAAAUUCUUCGCGAAAUCCAUGUGCAGGAACAUGAACUUUUGAUGGAAAUCACAACGUUGCUGGACAAAGCUGAAGCAGAUUUGAGAGUUCGGCCGAAUAUGGACGCUCAGAGGAAAAUUCAGCGAGCCCGGGAAAACAUCGGAGCACUUGGCAGCUACUACUACCUUUACUUUUGA